AUGCGCUCCGCGUGUAACGUCGAAGAUGGCUCUCCAGGUCGUCAGCUAUUCGCUCUGCUCAGAGACAAGUGCCCGCAAUGCAGUGCGGUGCAUAGUGGGGUGACGGCCACUUUGCUACAAAUCGUGGCAGAGUAUGUUGGCCGUGGGAAAGACAGCAUCAACUCUCUGCACGUGCUGAUUCGGAAAAGAUACCCCAGCUUGGGAAGGCAGUGCUUGGUUCAGGUUCUGGUGUUGAACACUGAAGCGUUGGCUCAAGCCAGACAUGGAAAACUGCGUGACUGCGAGGGAGCAGCUGCGAGGAUGGUAACUGAUGAGUCUGUCGCAGAGUUCAUAUCCUUAACUUCUGCAAGUGAUGACGAGGCAAAAGGCUAUCUGGAGAUGGCCGGUGGAAACUUGCAGCAGGCCCUAGGCUUGUUCUUCGAGAUGGGCGGAGGAAGUUCGUCCCCCGCACUCGGGCCCUCUCCGUCUCCUGCACCUCCCGCAGCUCCUGCUGCAAACCAACCGGUUAUCGAUGCUGACGUGGCUGCUGAAGUAGCAGCGGCUGCGGCUGCAGCUGGUAUAGAUACAGGCCCUUUGCAAGAUGCGCACAUGGCCGGCGAGGAGGAAGUCCGAGCACCAAUGCCUGCGUACCAGGACCAGAUCAUAAAUCCGGAUCUUGAGCAUCGGAGGAUGCAGGAGCAGAUGGCCGCCGACUCCGCUGCAAUGUUUCGGCGGAUGUCUUUUGAUCGCGGUGGCGAUCCGGCAGGGGCUGGUUCCGGAACCGGUGAGGAGCAGGAGGAUGAGCAAAUGGGAGAGGGCAAGGCGUCGAGUAGUAGCUGGCAUGAUUCGAUUCGUUGCAUCGCAAGUUCUUGCAGGUUCUUGCAUGUCAGAGCAACACACAUAUCUGUAGCUCAAAACUUUCUCCUGAGUUUACAUCCCUUCUUCUAUACUUGUGACUUCGGCAAGAUCAGAAAAAUUGACGCAGCCACGUGGCUUCAGAGAGGAACGGGCAUGUCGAAAGACCAACGUUAUGCCAAAUGCUGCCAACGCCAAGAUGGAGCAGGAAGCUGA